AGGUGUAUUCUGCAUUCUACUCCACCUCUUCUCUGAGUUCUUGUCUGCCUAAUUAAUGACUAGGCCAAAAAAGUAGUAACAUAUUUGUUAUAGCCAAAGUUCAAAGCACUUGGCUUUUUCUGCCUAUUUUUGGGUAGAUUGAUCAAGUUUUCACUUUGUUAUUGAAUGAUAAAAGCAAUGCAGCUUCACAUAUCACCAAGUCUGAGACAUGUAACUGUUCUGCCUGCUAAAGGUGUCAAAGAGUUCAUUAAAGUUAAAGUUGGCUCCAAAAGAUUGUCGUAUCGUAUGGUCUUUUACUGCCUCCUGUUCCUUACAUUCCUGCUCCGGUUUGUUUUCGUGUUAACUGCUAUAGAUACCAUCGAUGGAGAGCGAAAAUGUUCCACCUUAGGUUGCUUAGGGAAAAGAAUUGGACCAAGGAUUUUGGGGAAACGCCUUGAAUCAACUGUCCCCGAGGUGAUAUACCAAGUAUUGGAGGAGCCUUCAGAACAAAUUGAUACUCAGACAAGGCCUGAAUCUCCUCAAACGUUGGAAGAGUUUAUUGCAGAAAUGAAGAAUGGAAGACCAGACGCGAAAACCUUUGCUGUCAAGCUUAAAGCGAUGGUCACUCAGCUAGAAGAAAGGACAAGAACUGCAAAAAUCCAAGAAUAUCUGUAUCGGCAUGUGGCAUCUAGUAGCAUCCCGAAACAGCUGCACUGCCUUGCUCUCAAGCUAGCACAUGAGCAUUCCACAAAUUCCAAUGCCCGUCUUCAGUUACCAUCGCCUGCGCUUGUCCCCGCCCUUGUUGAUAACUCCUACUUCCAUUUCGUCCUUGCCUCUGACAAUAUUCUUGCUGCUUCUGUCGUUGCAUCAUCACUCGUGCAGAAUUUCAACCGCCCUGAAAAGAUAGUCCUUCACAUUAUCACGGAUAGGAAAACGUAUGCACCUAUGCAUGCUUGGUUUUCGUUGCAUCCUUUGACACCAGCUAUCAUUGAGGUUAAAGGGUUGCAUCAUUUCGAUUGGUUCACAAAGGGGAAGGUCCCGGUUAUGGAAGCUAUGGAGAAAGACCAAAAAGCCAGGUCACAGUUUAGAGGAGGGUCAUCAGCAAUUGUAGCAAACAAAACCGAGAAGCCUAAAAUCAUUGCAGCAAAAUUGCAAGCCCUCAGUCCCAAGUAUAACUCACUGAUGAAUCACAUACGGAUACAUUUGCCUGAGCUGUUUCCCAGCCUGGAUAAGGUAGUGUUCCUGGACGAUGACAUUGUGGUUCAAACGGAUCUUUCACCUCUAUGGAACAUCGACAUGAAUGGAAAAGUGAAUGGAGCCGUAGAAACAUGCAGAGGGGAGGACAAAUACGUCAUGUCAAAGCGCUUCAAAAGCUAUUUAAAUUUUUCUCAUCCAUUGAUAGCAAAACACUUUGAUCCAAGUGAAUGCGCGUGGGCCUAUGGCAUGAACAUUUUCGAUCUUGAAGCGUGGAGGAAAACAAAUAUAAGUCGAACAUAUUACUACUGGCUCCAACAGAACUUGAUGUCAGACCUAAGUUUGUGGCAGCUAGGGACAUUACCUCCUGGUCUAAUUGCAUUCCAUGGACACGUCCACCCCAUCGGUCCAUUUUGGCACAUGCUCGGACUAGGAUACCAAGACAAUACAACCAUAGCAGAAGCUAAAACUGCUGGUGUAAUUCACUUCAAUGGUCGAGCAAAACCUUGGCUCGAUAUAGCAUUCCCACAACUUCGACCUUUGUGGACCAAAUACGUUAACUUCUCUGAUAAACUUAUCAAAAGCUGUCAUAUUAGAGCGUCCUGAAACGAGUUGACAAAAGCGUAUCAUUGAUAAAGGGAGAGGACUAAGUUAGCGGAGAGUUCACGCGAAUGGAAAGGCCUCCAAUUCCUGAUGAGAGAUGGCGAUAGCCCUCAGCUUCACACGCUGAAACUCUUCGCGAUCACUUGAAUUUCUGGUUCUCUGAUGUAUUUUAUUUUGCAGUUUAGAUUCUAUACAACAUGAUGAAUUCUUUCAACAAAAAAUGUCAUAUACGGAUAGUCAAAACAAAGCGCUCUCUUCAGCAGUGCGAAGCUAUAUAUAUCAUGCAGAAUUAGCAAAUAAUAAACGAUGGAAAUAACAAGGAAUGAAAAUAUUCAUUACUCUCUGA